CCGGACCUAAGAUGGCGGCGGCGUUGGCGGGGAGGAGGCGGCGUUGGUGGCCGCGGACGUGCGGGCUGUCGCGGGGUGCGGGCGGGACGCGGCUCUGGCCGGGCUCGCAGGGCGGAUAGAGCGGGGCCAGCGCGGCGGAGCGGGGCCGCUAUGGGCUCCCAGGCGCUGCAGAUCCUGCGCCAGGGCGUGUGGGCGGCGCUAAGCGGUGGUUGGUACCAGGACCCGCACCAGGGCGUCGGGGUCAACGCGCUGCACCUGUAUCUGUGGCUCUUCCUGCUGGGCUUCCCCUUCACUCUCUACAUGGCCCUUCCUUCUUCAAUGGUGAUAGUAGCAGUCUACUGUCCAGUGAUAGCAGCUCUCUUCAUUGUUCUGAAAAUGGUGAACUACCGUUUGCACAGGGCAUUGGAUGAGGGAGAAAUUGUGGAGAGGAAUGCCAAUGAACAUAUGGACAGGGGUGCAAAAACUGAACAAGGAAAUACUUCAACCAGGAGAACAGACAGCAAUGGGCCCAGUGACCCUGGUGGAGGGAUUGAGAUGUCUGAGUUCAUACGAGAAGCCACUCCCCCAGUUGGCUGCAGUUCACGCAAUUCUUAUGCUGCUCUAGACCCAAACAACCAGAUUGGAUCAGGAUUAUCUCGUCUUGGAACAACAGCAACCAUCAAAGGAGAUACUGACACUGCGAAGACUUCUGAUGAUAUCAGUUUAAGUCUUGGCCGGAGUUGUAGUCUUUGUAAAGAAGGAAGUGAAGAACAAGAUUUGGCAGCUGAUCAGAAGAUUCUUCAUCUGGUCUCCAAUGACUCCUUUGUCUCCAUCCAGCCUUCGUUAUCCUCUGGCCAGGAUUUGCCAAGGGACAACAGUGAUAAAGUGUGCCUCCCUAACAACCACCACGUGGAUCAGUCUAUAUCUAGUGCAUGUGACACUGAAGUGGCUUCUCUUGUACCUUUGCAUUCCCACUCCUAUAGAAAAGAUCACAGACCACGAGGUGUGCCAAGGACCUCUAGCUCUGCUGUUGCUUUUCCAGAUGCUUCUCUAAAUGACUUCCCUCUCUAUCAACAAAGACGAGGACUAGAUCCAGUCAGUGAGUUGGAAGCUUCCAAACCCCAUUGUGGAUCCAAAGAAUCCUUAGCUGAGAACUCUUGUAUUUCAGGAGUCUUUCAGUUAGAUGACAUCCUGAAAAGUAGCAGCCCCCAGCAGCUGGCCAAGAGUGGGAAGAGCAAAUCUUUGAAAGCAGAAAAAAGUGUGGACAGUCUGAGAAGCCUGAGUGGUAGGAGUAGUGGUUCAACAGAAAGCUAUUGCAGUGGAAUUGAUCGUGACACUAACAGUACCAUCAGUAGUUACAAAAGUGAGCAGACCAGUUCAACUCAUGUAGAAAAUGUGUUGUCAGAGCAUGAGGAGUCUCCUAGAGAAGAGAGAGAGAACAGCAAGAAAAAGGACUGCUGUAUUGACUCAGAGGAUGACAGUAGCUCUGCUACGGAUAAAAGGUCUGGUAGUGAAAGAACUGCUGUAGAAAUGAGCACUAAUAGUGGUGUUCAAGAAACAAAGGAUUCUAACACAUCCGAUGAGAUACACAGUCAAAGGGGUCUUAGUGCCUCUGCUUCAGAAGAAGCCAAUAAGAACCCACAUGCCAAUGAACUGACUACACAAGUAGACAGGCCACCUGGGAAGGCUGCUGAAACAAGAGAUGAUCAGAGUGAGAAAUUGGCUGCCUUAGUUGAUUCAAGAACUUGUAAAGAAACAGGUGGUAAACAAAAGGAAGGAGAUGUACGACCUAAAUCAUCUAGCUUAAUCCAUCGGACAGCCUCUGUUCAUAAAUCGAGCAGGAGACGGACAGGAAAAAAGCGGGCUAGCAGUUUUGACUCAAGCCGGCAUAGGGAAUACAUUUCCUUUCGAGGCGUGUCUGGAACCAAACCCCAAAGUGCUGUGUUUUGUCAUGACGAGGACUCCAGUGAUCAGAGUGACUUGAGCAGGACCUCAAGCAUGCAGUCAGCCCACCAGUUCAGCAGUGAUAGUUCUUCCAGCACCACUUCCCAUUCAUGCCAGUCUCCUGAGGGCAAGUACAAUGCUCUAAAGACCAAAUACAUUAAAGAAAGAGGAGGCGCAGACUCAAACACCUACAAAGCCCAUUUAGGCUCUGAAGGAAUUAGCAAAAAACGUUCAACACGUCGAACUUCUAGUACUAACAGUGUGAAGAGUCGUGCCAGAGUAUUAAGUCUGGACAGUGGUACUGUAGCCUGUUUAAAUAACCCAAAUAGCUUAAUGGCACCAGGUAACAUAAAACAAUUAACCACUUCAAAAUCAGAUUUGGAGGCCAAAGAGGGAGAGGUGCUAGAUGAGCUAUCUCUAUUGGGAAGGGCUUCACAUUUAGAGUCAGUCACGCGUUCUAGGAAUAGUUUACCAAGCCAGGCUAUGUUUCCUGAAGGGGAAGAGCAAGAAUCAGCAAGUGGAGCAGCACAAGCCAGCGAGGAGACUGUCAUGUUUCACCGUGAACGCAGCACAUUUAGGCGUCAGGCAGUACGGCGCCGGCACAAUGCAGGGAGUAACCCCACCCCUCCCACAUUGCUCAUCGGAUCGCCCCUCAGCCUUCAAGAUGGUCAGCAAGACCAGCAAUCCACAACACAGGUCAAAGUCCAGUCCCGCCCCCCUUCCCAGGCAGCUGUGCUCAGCGCUAGCGCCUCCUUGCUGGUGAGAAAUGGGAGUGUCCACUUAGAAGCAUCACAUGACAAUGCAUCUGCUGUAGGCGGUAGCAGUUUGCACGAUGAACUUGGUAAGUUUAGUUCUACACUCUACGAGACGGGAGGCUGUGACAUGUCACUUGUGAACUUUGAGCCAGCUGCAAGAAGAUCAUCCAACAUCUGUGACACGGACUCUCAUGUAUCAAGUUCUACCUCAGUUCGCUUUUAUCCACAUGAUCUACUUUCUCUUCCUCAGAUCAGGUUGAACAGGCUGUUAACUAUAGAUACAGAUCUGCUGGAGCACCAAGACAUUGACCUAAGCCCUGACCUUCAGGACCGUAUGCAAUCACAAGAGGAAGCAGCCCAGAAAGUUAAACAAUACUAUCGCUUUUGGAUCCUACCCAAGCUGUGGAUUGGCAUUAAUUUUGAUAGGCUAACUCUCUUGGCUUUGUUUGAUAGGAAUCGUGAGAUCCUUGAAAAUGUGUUAGCUGUCAUCCUAGCUAUUUUAGUUGCUUUCCUGGGUUCUGUACUCCUUAUAGAGGGCUUUUUCAAGGAUAUCUGGGUCUUCCAGUUUUGCCUGGUAAUAGCCAGUUGUCAGUACUCACUACUCAAGAGUGUUCAACCAGAUUCUUCUUCCCCUCGACAUGGUCAUAAUCGUAUCAUAGCCUAUAGUAGGCCUGUUUAUUUCUGUUUGUGUUGCGGUCUUAUAUGGUUGUUGGAUUAUGGCAGCAGAAAUACAUCUACAACAAGGUUCAGGUUGUAUGGAGUGGUUUUCACCAACCCGUUGCUGCUGCUGUCCGCCAGGGACUUAGUUAUAGUAUUUACGCUGUGUUUCCCUAUCGUAUUCUUCAUUGGUCUCCUGCCUCAGGUGAAUACAUUUGUGAUGUACCUCUGUGAACAGCUGGAUAUUCAUGUCUUUGGUGGCAACGCCACUACAAGCCUGCUUGCAGCUCUUUACAGUUUCAUCUGUAGUAUUGUGGCAGUAGCAUUAUUGUAUGGAUUCUGUUAUGGUGCCCUGAAGGAUUCUUGGGAUGGCCAGCAUAUUCCAGUCCUCUUCUCAAUAUUCUGUGGCUUGUUAGUAGCGUUAUCCUAUCAUCUCAGCAGACAAAGUAGUGACCCUUCUGUACUUUUCUCUUUAGUACAAUCAAAAAUUUUUCCUAAUUCCGAAGACAAAAACCCAGAGGAUCCUCUGUCUGAAGUCAAAGAUCCUUUACCUGAAAAACUUAGAAAUUCAGUGAAUGAACGGUUACAAUCUGACCUGAUAGUGUGCCUCGUCAUUGGUGUACUCUAUUUUGCAAUUCAUGUCAGUACAGUAUUCACAGUUUUGCAGCCUGUCCUUAGCUACAUUUUGUAUGCGUUGGUGGGCUCAGUAGGAUUUUUAACCCAUUAUGUGCUGCCUCAACUCCGAAAGCAGCUUCCUUGGCACUGUUUCUCUCACUCAUUGCUGAAAACCAAGGAAUAUUAUCAAUUUGAAGUCCGAAAUGCUGCCCAUGUAAUGUGGUUUGAGAAACUUCAUGUAUGGCUGCUCUUUGUGGAGAAGAAUGUUAUCUACCCCCUGAUAGUCCUCAAUGAGCUCAGCAGCAGUGCCAAGAACAUUGCUAGUCCAAAGAAACUGGACACAGAGAUUGGCGCUUUAAUGAUCACCAUAGCUGGUUUGAAGUUGUUGCGUUCCUCUUUCAGCAACCCAACCUGCCAGUAUGUCACUGUUAUUUUCACAGUGCUCUUCUUUACAUUUGACUACAAAAGUUUUUCUGAGACCAUGCUGCUAGACCUCUUCUUCAUGUCCAUACUCUUCAGCAAGCUUUGGGAACUCUUUUAUAAACUGAGAUUUGUGUAUACUUAUAUUGCUCCUUGGCAGAUCACGUGGGGCUCUGCUUUCCAUGCUUUUGCCCAGCCCUUUGCUGUGCCACAUUCUGCAAUGUUGUUUGUCCAAGCGGCUAUAUCGGCUUUCUUCUCCACCCCACUGAACCCCUUUCUGGGAAGUGCAAUAUUCAUCACUUCAUAUGUCAGACCUGUCAAAUUCUGGGAAAGAGACUACAACACAAAGCGUGUGGACCAUUCAAACACAAGACUCGCUUCCCAGCUUGAUAGAAAUCCAGGUUCAGAUGAUAACAACCUGAAUUCAAUCUUCUAUGAGCAUUUAACCCGUUCCCUUCAGCACAGCCUGUGUGGAGACCUGUUGCUGGGGCGGUGGGGGAACUACAGUACUGGGGACUGCUUCAUCCUAGCUUCUGACUACCUCAAUGCACUAGUACACCUUAUAGAGAUAGGAAAUGGUCUUGUCACCUUCCAGCUGAGGGGGCUUGAAUUCAGAGGCACUUACUGUCAGCAACGAGAAGUAGAGGCCAUCACCGAGGGGGUAGAGGAAGAUGAAGGGUUUUGUUGCUGUGAACCUGGCCACAUCCCACAUAUGCUUUCGUUCAAUGCUACCUUUGGUCAACGCUGGCUGGCAUGGGAAGUGCUUGUGACAAAGUAUGUUCUGGAAGGCUACAGCAUCACAGACAACAGUGCCGCAUCCAUGCUUCAAGUCUUCGAUCUUCGGAAAAUUCUCACCACUUAUUAUGUAAAGGGCAUUAUCUAUUAUGUCACAACAUCCCCCAAGCUGGAGGAAUGGUUAGCUAAUGAGACAAUGCAGGAAGGAUUACAGCCAUGUGCAGACUGCAACUAUGUUGAUGUGGACCCUACAUUUAAUCCAAAUAUUGAUGAGGAUUAUGACCAUCAUCUAGCAGGGGUCUCCAGAGAAAGUUUCUGUAUGACUUACCUCAACUGGAUAGAGUACUGCUGCUCCCGAAGAGAAAAGCCGCUGGAUGCAGAUAAAGACUCCUCCUUGGUGACUCUUUGUUACGGACUCUGUGUUCUGGGGCGGAGAGCUUUGGGGACUGCUUCCCAUCAUAUGUCUAGUAAUUUGGAAUCUUUCCUGUAUGGGCUGCAUGCCCUGUUUAAGGGCGACUUCCGUAUCUCUUCAAUCCGAGAUGAAUGGAUCUUUGCUGACAUGGAAUUGCUGAGGAAAGUGGUGGUUCCUGGAAUACGCAUGUCACUCAAACUACAUCAGGAUCACUUCACUUCCCCAGAUGAAUACGAUGACCCUACUGUCCUCUACGAAGCCAUUGUGUCCCAUGAGCAAAACCUGGUUAUAGCACAUGAAGGGGACCCUGCCUGGAGGAGUGCUGUCCUUUCCAACUCUCCCUCCCUGCUUGCCCUCCGCCACGUGAUGGAUGAUGGUACCAAUGAAUAUAAAAUCAUCAUGCUGAACAAGCGGUAUCUCAGUUUCAGAGUAAUCAAGGUAAAUAAGGAGUGUGUGCGUGGCCUCUGGGCUGGGCAGCAGCAGGAACUUGUCUUCCUGCGUAACCGUAACCCAGAAAGAGGGAGCAUCCAAAAUGCAAAGCAGGCUUUGAGGAAUAUGAUCAAUUCUUCUUGUGACCAGCCCAUUGGAUACCCCAUCUACGUCUCACCUUUGACUACUUCCUAUUCAGAUAGCCAUGAUCAGCUCAAGGAGUUUCUUGGGGGAGCUAUCAGUUUGGGAAAUAUCAGAAACUUCAUAGUGUCCACAUGGCACAGAUUAAGGAAAGGUUGUGGUGCUGGCUGCAACAGUGGUGGAAACAUUGAAGAUUCAGAUGCUGGAGGUGGGGCUCCCUGCACAAGUAACAGUGCAGCUGCCAAUGAGUCGCAAAGCAGCAUGUCACAAGCAGGCGGGAAUUUAAUUACAGGGCAGGGCCCUGGAGUGGGACUCCAUCCUCCUGUCACAUCUCACCCCUCAACAUUAGGCACCAGUCACAGCUCCCACUCUGUGCAGUCAAGCCUUGUCAGACAUUCCCCUGCCCGUGCCUCAGUAGCCAGCCAUUCAUCUUAUUGCUACAGCAGUCGCCAUUCAUCACUUCGCACGUCCACUACAGGCUUUGUGCCUUGCCGACGCUCUUCCACCAGUCAGAUAUCCCUUCGUAACCUCCCAUCCUCCAUCCAGUCCCGCCUAUCCAUGGUGAACCAAAUGGAACCCACUAGCCAGACUGGCGUUGUCAUCGUGCAGCAUGGCCUACCCUCUUCCAGCAGCUCCAGCCAAAGCAUCCCAGCCUGUAAACAGCAUGCCCUUGUGGGCUUUCUAGGAACAGAAGGCGGGAAUAACAUAACUGAUGCACAGUCAGGUGGUAAUGCAAGCCCUGCAAACCAUAUGCAAGCCAAAAGGGAUGAAGUUAUUUACAGAAUCCAGAUAAUGGAUCCCAGCCAAGUACUGGAAGGGAUCAACAUGUCUAAAAGGAAGGAGCUGCAGUGGCCAGAUGAGGUGAUACGGCUAAAAGCUGGAAGAAAUAGCUGGAAAGACUGGAGUCCUCAGGAAGGCAUGGAAGGCCAUGUGAUUCACCGCUGGGUGCCUUGCAGCAGAGAUCCAGGGAGUAGGUCCCACAUAGAUAAAACCAUCCUGCUGGUCCAGAUUGAAGACAAAUAUGUUGCUGUGGUUGAAACUGGAGUCCUAGAACUUGGGGCUGAAGUGUGAGCCACACUGCUAAUUAAACUUCCCCUCCUCCAAGGAUUCAGAAGAGAGGAGGGGUCAGGAGAGGAUGCUCCCCGGGCAUGAAACUUUAGUCCAGCUAUAGAACAGGACUUGAAAACGGGGCUUGUAGAAGGCCCUUCCCCAAAAUAAAGAAGUGUAAGAGCUGGGGGGGUUUAAGUUGUUAGCUGCUGAGGAAACAUUUGCAUGAAGGGUAAAGAUUUGUUGAGACAUCAUUUUUGUUUUGAAACUUUGUUUUAUGCAUUGUGUAUUGCUUUAAAUCAACAAACUUCAGUUCUAAAAUACGAGCGCCUCAUAUUUUUCUAUUGCUUUGCCAAAAAUUGCCAUGUUUUGUCACAGAGGAUGUGGCGUCCAUUUACCUUAUUUGAAGAAAGUGACUAGCAUACAAAGCUUUGGUUCAGCGUAAAGCUGUAUAGAGGUUUUAUGUAUGGCGAGAGACUGAACAGACAUAUAGAUUAUCUUCUUCCUUGUGAGCUAAAAUCUUUAAUGAGAGAACUGCACUAAUUUUUUACAGCGAUGCACUAAAAUAUCUGAGAUUGCUCAGAACAUUUAUUUAUAUAUAAAUAAAAUAUCAUUAUUUAAAUUGCCUUUGGGAUUAACCCCCUCCCUCUCCAUAUACAUGUUGACGGUAAAAGCUGUGCCAGGGAUUCUGUUUGGUUCAAUAGUCUGUAUUUCAUAUCAGUGCAUUGCAUCCUUUUCAGAAUAAAUGGCAGAAUACCAAAUAUCUAGUAAUGUACCUGAAUAUCCCCAUAACUAUAUCAAAGGCUGUUUUGGUUGUGGUGCAUCAAUCAUCUGUACAACAUAUUCAGCUUUAAAGUGGGUCCCAAUGCACUAAUUUGCAUCCUUUGUCUCCCUUAGAUAGUCCUGACUUCUCUGCUCCUUUACCCCUGGAGCUAACUCAGUUAUACUGACGGCUCUUCUCUGGAAAAGGCACUUGAUUUUUGAGGGAGGUAGAGGUGAAUCUUAGUCCAUGAUCCAGGUCUAUUUUCUGUGACCUUGAAGGUUUUCAGAUUCAAUCCAGUUAAACAACUGAGGUUUGGUUGGGUUUUUUUUUUUAAAGGAAUUAUAGAGGAGGCACAGCCCUAAACUGUUGUAUCAUUUUUACCAUCUCACCUUUCCUUUCCCUCUAGUCUUCAUUCUUUUCUAUGACUUGAAUUUUAUUUUCAAUUAUUAUAUAUUCUAUGUAACUGUAAUUUGAGUAUUUAUAACUGUGAAGUUCAAUUAUUCAUGUGUUACAUAUCCUAGGUUUUAUUGUGUUUUUUAAAAUGUGUUCUUCAGGGAAACAAGUAACUCAAAUUUACCAUGGAGGUGUGAGGAGAAAACUUCAGUUUAGAACUUCCCGGCUCUUUGAGCUCUGGUCAAGUGAAAAAUUCUUUAAGUUGCAGCUCCUCUGACUUGAUUCUCUGAAUCCAUGAGAAAAAUGUACAUGUUGUGAUUGUUUCCUGUCUCUGAUCUGGAAUUAUGCUCAGUUCUGCAGAGAACUUUACACAGUCCUAGCUUUUGAGAGCAGCCAUCUUCUCUCCCCCAUCAUUACCUCUUCUUCCUAGGUAGUAUAACUGGGGGAGACUUUUAGCAGAUUGCAGGGGAUGUGUUGCAAUUAUUUCUCUGUCAGCACUGAAAUCUAGUCCAUUAUAUACUUAUGUAAGAGUAAAUAUACAAGGGGUAAGGAAAAUGUAGGAAGCAAAUGCCUACUGCAAAGCAGUGUAGAUAUUCUGACUCAAGUUACUAUAUGCUUUUAGCUAUGAAAAAGUAGUCUUUUCUAUGCCUAGUGUCUGGUCAGUUAUGAAUCCUAUUCCUAGUGCACUGUUGUAGGGCUUUGCUUAUGUUGUAUACUAUGCAAAGCUUGUACACUUGAUGUACUGUGCAUUUUACAAUUGCAUAUUACUGUACAGUUUAUACAUAUGCAGUAUUUAAUCUUUGCAUAAAUGCACAGUUCAGAAUCUAUCACCUUAGAAAUCAUUUUUCUGUUCCAAACACCUUCCCAAACGUGCACAUGAUAGUGUGGUUACAUUUAUCUCCUAGUUAUCUGAAAACAGUGAAGUAGCUGACUUCAUUGGCAGUUUUGUAGCUUUGCUGUCAUGAGUGAAGAAAAUUUCUGUUUGAGUUGAACACAUUUUUAAUGAAGAUUUGUACUUUUAUGCCCUUUCUCUGCUGACAAUUACAAGAUCGAUUUCCUUGAUCAGUUGGAAUAUUGUUUCACAAAGACGAACGAAUGAGCAUCCUCUCUGGGGAUUUUGGUGUUCAUACAAGGGUUCUUUACUGUUCUGAUGCCUUGAGAGAAUCAGAUGCUUAAAAAGCAAAGUAAAUACAUACAGCCCAUUAUAAAAAAUCACAACUUGGAUGAAGCACCUCUUCAAAUAUGGUUUUUAUGUGCAAUCUCUGUUACUCUCUCUUGGGCAAGAAACAAGUCCAUUCCUAAUAAUAUGCUUUGAGGCUAUAUAAAAAUACUACAGUAACACUUUAUUAUUCAAAGUUAAAUUAAAAGGUAAAGUUUAGAAGAACCAAGGCAUGUCUUAAACAGUAAAUAUGACUUGUGGAUCUCUAUUUUUAAUCUUAAGGUUUCCAAUCUGUUGACAUUUGAACACCAAUUGCAACGUUGUUCUGCUGAAAGUGUUAUUAGUAAGUCUGUAUGAUGUCAUUCAGAUAGUUGUAUUUCACCAACACCAAAACUGCUUGUAAAUCCUAAUAAUUUACUAUUAACUGUUUUCAGAUAUGCUCACUAAAAAUCAGCUAAUUGCAAUUUUACCCUUCCAUACGGCUUUUAAAAAUUCUUUCACCUUACAAUAUUCCAGUUACUUGGUUAUAAAGUCCUUAAAUUAUCUCAAUUAUUUUAUAUUGGAUUGUCUAUUAAUUUGUAUAAAAUUAGUGGGCUCUUGAUUUCAUGAUGGACAAAACCCUACCCAAAUUCUUCUGACUCCAAAUAUGUUAGGUCAGCCUGUGCUCCAGCAAGAUUUAUUUUAAAUUGAUUGCUAUGCUUUCAUUUUUGUGGUGGUGUAAUCGUUAGAAGUUAAUACUGAGGCAUACGAAUUUUUUAUUUUUGAGGGGCAGUGGAAGCACUGAAUAUUCUCACAUUGUUGUCCUACCAGACUAGAGUGUCAUGGCUGUAGAAUAGAGUUCUUAAACUUUCUCAGUCCAACAUGGAAACUUCAGCCUUGUAGAAAGGUGGUGGCAGGGUUUCACUCCUAUCCUCUGGCAGCAUUGUGUGUUGCUGGUAUUUUGCUGUAUUAACAUUCCAGUUAAGACUAGCUUUGUAGUGUCCUGGAAUAUGGAUCCACAUCUACUUUGUUUCUGUAAGUAGAUUUCUCUAAAGGUGGUAUUUGUAGAUAAAUACAUUAAGGGCUUAUUGCUGAGCUAAAAUGAAUAUUUAAGUACAGAAAUACACUGACUGUCUGUACUAAGCAAAUUGCAGGGGCAUUCAGCAGCAAAACACAAUUAAAGUUAACUUAAAUUCUUGAAUUCCUCCUCUCCCACACUAGCUACCUGUGAAAUCUUUUGAUACUUCCUGGUUUUGCUAAUGACAUCCCAGAAUGCAUAUGACCACCACUGAUACCUGAAUUUCUAUGCAACUCAUGGUAUCUGUGAUGUCAUGGAGUGAUGGAUUAAUUCUGGGAUCUCUCUUGCAAACUAGGAAGUGAUAGAGGAUUUCACAAUGGGGUUGGGGGAGGAAGGAUUUUAAAAAAGGUAAGUAGUUGAAUGGCCCUAUAUCCUGUUUAGUGGGGCACUUGGCACAUUUCUGACCUUGACUCAAUUUUCAUAUUAACUCUUUGCAGUUCAUCUCCAGUCCUUCCUCUACCCCAUUCUGCUUUCUGUGAGAUGGUGAUCUUUUAGGGCAGACCUUAGGUGAAUAAUUAACUGAAAAUUCAGAAUAGAUAUGCUGUGGUAUUAGUGCCUUUGGCAGUUUGUGGCAGAUGCCCUAAAAGUUUUGCCUUGGGGAAUAAUAUCCAACUGUGAAUCAUUUCACUGAUACCACAUCCAAGAGACUAAAUGACCCAGUGGUAUAGAUACAUAACUUAUACUUGUUGAAGACCUUUAUUAAUAGAAAAUGGACUCUCCCUCCACAAACUGGAGUAGAACAACUUGGAUUUCUUAUAAUGAAUAAUCAUUCAAAAUAUAUAAGUAACUCAUAUUGGAUAUCUGGUUAAACCACCAGGUUUUAUGUAGCUAAUUUUAUUAAGGGGAUUUUAUACCUAUUAUAUAGGCUUUAACUCUUCUUGUUGUCUGGCAUUACUCAGUACAUGAUAGCCUGAUGUUCACUCAGUGAAGCUAGACAGUGUAAGAAAUUAGUUGUAUUUAUGUGCCUUAAUAAAAGAAUGGUUACAUAACACCUUGGUGGGAACUACAGUACAUUACUUGUUUCACCUCAGUGUUGUAUACGUAUAUUUCCAAGAAAAAUGAUUUAAGAUGGCUGCUCCAAAAGACUUCAGGAGUAUAUGUACAUCACUCAGUCACAAACAUUUGAAUACAAGCAAUCUAAUAAUUUCUGGUGUACAGUUUGAAUAUAUAACCUCUGGUAAAUUCAAUCAUCCCAUGACUUUAAUAGACAGAUGACAUAGAGCUGAAUGUUAACUUGUUCCAUAAGGACCCUAAGUAGGCCUGACAAUGAGCUGCUGAUUAGAAAAUUGAGGGAGGAGGGGAAUAAAACAUAGAUGGGGAGAGUGGGUUGAGUUUUGAAUGGGCUAUGAAAAAUACACAUUGCCUCUACCAGCAUAUGGAUAUCUUGCCAGGGAUAGGGAUACAUGUUCUUGCGUGUGUCUGUAAGCGUGUAUGUGUCUGCGUGUGUGUUAUUGAAAACCGCCUGUAAAUAUUGUAGUUGUUUAAAAUGGAAAAAGCAGAGAUUUUUUUGCAAUGUGUUGUAUCAAAAAGGACAGUAUUGACAGUGAAGAAACACUGAGAAAUAAAAUUUUCUUUUUUCA